CAAGACAUCAGUGGAUUGGCACGGGCAUUUUCUCGACUAGAUGCAUUUCAGUUCUAGUUAUAGUUUUAGUUAUAGUUUUAUAUAUGGUUAUUGUUCGUGCUUUAGACGUGGCAUAAGCAGCAAUUCUCAAAAACGUUCCUGGAAAUGAGAUGAAACAUGUCACUGUUCUGCAAAAUGAUGUUUAUCUGCUAAUGUUAUUAUUGAAGCAGUGAAACUUGUCCAUUCGGAUAUUUCCUAGGAACGAUCGAGGUAUUCAGUUAAAUGAUAGUUGAUGCAGAAGGAGUAAAAGCAUCAAAUGGUUACGAUCUUGCACAUGAAACUCAAACGGACAUAAUGGACUCAUCAGGCAGCCUAGCAAAUAAGCUUCGAAACAUUGUCGUCAGGAAUUUGCAGCUGAUACUAAUCAUAGUCGGGGUUGUUUGUGGUUUCAUCAUUGGCCUUCCCCUGAAUAGUCAUGUUCAAAGUUCUAACUAUGACGUCGAAGAAAGAAGAAGGAUUGUCAUCUUGGUCGGGUUUGUGGGCGAAGUAUUUGUUCGACUUCUGAAGCUUCUUAUAAUCCCAUUGAUCAUCACCAGUAUUGUGCUUGCUGUCGCUUCGCUGGACACCAAAACUACAGGAAAACUUGGUCGACGUACAUUUACAUAUUAUUUAAGCACUACUGUUAUUGCAGUUAUCAUUGGUGUUAUACUUGUGUUAAGUAUUCGUCCAGGAGAUACCGCUGUGCAGCAUGAGAAAUCGCAAGCGAGUCAUGUAGACGCUUUAGACUCAAUACUGGACAUGAUAAGGAAUAUUUUCCCUGACAACUUGGUGGAGACGACAUUUCGUUCGAGUCAAACUUCCUACAAAGAUGACGUCACGUCUCUUUAUAAUAUCUCCAUUCCCGAUCGAAACAUCCGAGGAAGCGUGGAAAACCUUACAAAGUUUUUGGAGAACAACUUGUAUGAUCCGUGGAGUGUUAAUGAAACGUCACUAGAUGUUCGUGUGAUUAAGAAAAAUUCCAGAAAAGUUUGGGCGAAGAUCGAGAAGACAGAUCGAAUGAACGUUUUAGGAAUUAUCACGUGUUCAAUUGUAUUUGGUAUUGCUUUGAGCAAACUUGGACCCGAAGGUAAACCAGUCAAAGAAUUACUCGAGGUCUGCCUAAAGAUUGUUAUGAUGUUGAUUAACGCCGUCAUGUGGGUAUGUCCAUUUGGUAUCUGCAGUCUCAUCACUGCCAAUCUUGUUGAGAUGGAGAACAUUGCAAAGACGUUUGAAUCACUUGCAUACUUCAUUGUGACAGCCAUAGCUGGUACUGCUAUUCAGGGAAUGAUCGUUUACCCGACAAUUUAUUUCAUUAGCACUCGAAAGAACCCUCUGCGAUAUCUUUUCAAUAUGCAAGCAGCUGCUUACACUGCAUUUGGAACAAGUUCCAGCGCUGCGACUCUUCCUGUAACAUUAAAGUGUGUGAAAGAACUAAACAAUGUUGACUCAAGAGUUGCUCAUUUUGUCUUACCAAUUGGAGCAACAGUGAACAUGGAUGGUACAGCGUUGUACGAGGCGGUCGCUUGCAUUUUCGUCGCACAACUAAAUGGCUACCAUUUUGGUAUUGGAAAGAUUUUGAUUACAGUUCUUAGCUCUUCUGCUGCAUCUGUGGGAGCUGCUGCAAUUCCUUCUGCUGGAUUGGUUACACUGAUCAUGGUACUAGAAGCUGCUGGCUUGCCCACCAGUGAUGUGGGAUUGCUGUAUUCAGUUGAUUGGUUUAUGGAUAGACUUCGGACUGUUUGUAACGUGAUUGGAGAUGCAAUUGGUUGUGUAGUAAUCGAAAAGUUCUCUCGCAAAGACUUACACGAUGACGAGUAUUCUCCAUUGUAAAUUGAUGCCUCUUUUAAAUCUAAAGAAAUUCAACAAUAGUUUAUUUUUCUCUCAAUAAUACUAAAACGGCCAUGGAAUAAAGUAAUAACGGUAAUGAGUGUCUGUAAUAAGUGGAUUAAAGCAGUAUAAAGGCCCGUUCACACGAUCCGAUUUGUCAGAUCUGAGAAAGAGCACCAAGGUCCCAUAUUAUGCAUGAUUAAAUAUGAUGUUUUAAUGUAUCUCGUAAUGCUACUACUGGAUGUUUUAUAAUUGCUAUUUGUUAGUAUUCUCUUUUUAAUUUUAUUUAAUACUCAAUCCUUUUGUGUCCAUGUUACUGUUUGGGAAGGUUGGUAAAAACAAGAUUAUUCAAUACUGUGUGCAA